ACCGACAGCCUUCGCCCAGCGAGUCUCGUUUUAUUGUUUGUUUUCUGGUCGUUAUGCGCGCGUACAUUGACUUGUAGUAAUACACCCCGACCUCGUCCUCGACCAUCUCGCACUUUCCGAGCCAUUGGGCCAAGUCCGGAAUUCCCCCGCCUCAUCAACAUUGGACCUCAUCUCGAAACACCCCACCAGCAUGACCCUCACCGACAGCGCGGCGGCGCUCGUCAGCUACGCCAGUUCCUUCGCGUUCCCUCCUCUCCUCUCGCUCUCCCGCGGCGCCAUCCUCUCCCUCCUCCGCAACAUCCAGGUCGGCUCUCUCCAAGUGACCGACUCCGAUGGCAGCAUCACGAUCUGCGGAACGCCUCGCCGUGCCGGCGAGGUUGAAGACGAGAAGACUGUAUAUACAAUCCCACACGCUGAGCUGAAAGUCACGAACGACCUCUUCUGGGUGCGACUGGCUCUCCUCGCCGACAUGGGUUUCGCCGAGUCCUACAUGCUGGGCGAAGUGAGCUGUCCCGACUUGACGGCUUUCUUCAAACUGUUCAUCGUCAACAAAGCCCACCUCUCCAAUGGCACGACCUUUUCCUCCAACCUGGCCGGCCGCCUGUCUGCGAUCAUCCGCAAGACCAACACCCUCACCAAUGCCCGCCUGCACAUCUCCGCGCACUACGAUAUCUCGAAUGACAUGUUCGCCGCAUUCCUCUCCCCGGACAUGACCUACAGCUGUCCCGUCUGGCUACCACGAUCCGAUCCACAGUCAACGCAAGAGACGCUCGAGGAUGCACAAUACCGCAAGCUCACUCGCUUCAUCACCAAUGCGAAGAUCAAGUCCAGCGACCACGUUCUUGAGAUCGGCACAGGCUGGGGCAGCUUCGCGAUCCUAGCAUCCCAAAAGACCGGCUGCCGUGUGACAUCUCUCACCCUCAGCUCCGAACAAAAAGACCUCGCCGAAGCCCGCAUUCGUGAAGCAGGUCUCUCCGACAAAAUUACCGUCCUCCUCUGCGACUACCGCAGCCUUCCCGUUCCCGCGGAAUCCGAAAAGUACGACAAAGUUGUCUCGAUCGAGAUGCUCGAAGCCGUGGGCGCAGAGUUCCUGACCACCUACUUCCGAUGCAUCGACCAGCUGCUCAAGACCGAAGGCGGCGUCGCUGUGUUCCAAUGCAUCACCAUGCCCGAAUCUCGAUACAAAACAUACUCCGCAUCUGACGACUUCAUCCGACGGUACAUUUUCCCUGGCGGCCACUUACCGACUAUAACGCAACUCCUCGAUGCGAUCCGCACUGGCUCCUCCAAUGCGAAGACUGGCAUUGAACCACGUCUCAUUCCGGAAAGUAUAGAGAAUAUCGGCCCGCAUUACGCGAAAACGUUGCGACUAUGGAGGCAAUCGUUCAUGCAGCAGUUUAGCACGAAGAUUCGACCAGCGUUGCUAGCGGAACACGCGGCGGGUGAGAGAGGAGGGAAGAAGAUGAAUGAGGAAGAUGUGGAGGUGUUCAAGAGGAAGUGGGAAUACUAUUUUGCGUACUGUGAAGCUGGGUUUGCGACAAAGACGUUGGGAGAUGUGAUAUUGACUGUCGGGAGAGAAGGGGCGGUGGAGAUGAUGGAGGACGUGCCUUUGUGA